CUGAUGUUUGAUGACUCCUUCCACUUGUCGAGAACGUACUUUGCCGCUCUGCAAACGUUGCGUCGAGCUUCUAACAUGGUUGACGACACCAUUCGAAACUGGUCCGACCUGCGCCGGCGAUGGAACAGUCUUGUCUGUCCUAGCGGCAUGUUCUCCGAUGAUGACUUGGCAGAUGCAGCACACAACUGGGACACAGCCACCGCAAUAAUCGAGGCCAGAGCCCAGCGCGUCCAGGCCACGAUUUCCCGCAAAUCCGAAGAAAUCAAGAGCCUUCGGGACGGUCUGUUCAACGCCACUUCGUUGCGCGAGGCCGGAAAGAGCAUUGCCUUGAACCGUGCCAUCUACGUCUUCACUGUCGUAACGGUUCUCUACACGCCGAUUGGGUUCCUAGCUGUACGUUUGCCUGCGGAAUCUCAUACUGCUCCGUGUCACAAGCUUUCAACUAAGACCCGACCUGCAGGCCUUCUGGGCAUUGCCCUUCUUCUCCAACUCUGCCGGCGAUGGAAGUAG